CUCUCCUCUCGGAUAGUUUUUUUUCUCCUCCAUGUGCAACGUGCGUUCAUUGGAGAAUAUUAACUUUUUGUCAUUACAUAUUACUAUUGCAUACUAUUAUAUCUAACUAUUGCCAUCCUGAAAGAAUAUACCAAAUUUCAUGCUUUGGAGAAUAUAAUUAUAUAAUGUAAAGGCUUCAACUGACUCCUCCUCCUCUAUGCAAUGUGUAAGAUUGGAAACCUCAAAGAUGAGCAGACGAUGACCAGUUGAACCUUAUCGUACUUGGCGUUGUUUCACUCAAUCAAAAAUGUGUGUCUAUCAUUCGUCUGCGGGGAUGGAACUGAGCUGAUGAAAUCAUGACAUUUGAAUACUCAGUCACUGUCUUGAUUUCUCUAGGCAGUAUAUGAAAAAAAUUAGAAUGGCCGGACUCUCCAUCACAACUCGUUCUGCCCUCUCUACAUGGGCUAUGAAUAUGAACACAACUCUGUGUGAUAAUUGCACAAAUGGCAAUGUUACGGCCGCUCCCCCGAUCGAAUCUCCUCAUCCCCUGUGGUUGACUAUCAUCCUCGGGAUUCUGGUGGCGUUCAUUGUCAUUAUAACGCUUGCUGGAAAUGUUCUUGUACUGCUGUCAUUUGCUUUGGAACGGACCAUCCGCCAACCUACAAAUUAUUUCAUUGCUUCCCUUGCUGUAUCGGACUUGCUUAUAGGAUCUUUUUCCAUGCCAUGUUUUACGUUGUAUCUGCUUCUAGGAUACUGGCCUCUCGGUGAAUUAAUAUGUGACUUGUGGUUAUCAUUAGAUUGGACCGUGUGUCUUGCCUCUCAAUACACUGUCUUCUUUAUUACGGUGGACAGAUUUUGCUCCGUCAAAAUUCCCGCCAAAUAUCGGCAAUGGCGGACUGAGAAAAAAGUGAUAAUUAUGAUAUCCUUAACAUGGAUAUUUCCGACUCUGAUUUUCUUCACGUCUAUUGUUGGAUGGCAAUAUUUUGUUGGUAAGCGAACUGUUGCAUCUGACCAAUGUGAGGUCCAAUUCAUGAGUGACCCAUUGUUUACAUUUUUGUUGACAAUUGGCUACUACUGGACAACUCUUUGUGUAAUGAUAGGACUGUAUACAGGGAUCUAUUGUGUGGCUCUCGCACUGCAAAAGAAAGCAGAAGCCAAGCAUAAAAAGAUGGCCACUGCCAUGGAACUUUCUAAAAACAAGCAAGCCGCCAAGUCUAUCAGAACUACGUCAGCGACGGAUAACAAUACUCUUAGUGCUGAAAACAACAACGGAAGACCAAUGCGUCCAGAUGAGUCCACAAGCUUUACAAAGGCACCGGAAGAGGAUCGUUCGAGUUCACCUGUAUUUGAAUCUGAUGAAGAAAAUAACAGUAGCCAGGGAGCUUGUGGUCUGUCAAAAAUGCAUUAUAAAACCAAUGAUGUUGAUGACGACGAGCAAACAUGCUUUGUUAAUAGUGCAGUUCAAACCGACACAACAUAUCGACCAUCUUUGAAAGGAAUGCUAGGAAUGUCCUUUAAUCAUGUCUCUAAAAUAGCACUUACUAUAACUGGUACCUCUGGCUCAGAAACCGAGACAGAUGGAAACGAGGAUACAAAUGCCACAAAAGCUUUGAUAGAAGAAGCACCUCCAUCAUAUACUAAAGUCAUACCAGAAACAUACGAAAAGUCAUCGAAACAAACCGAUAAACUGCUUGAGAACGAUGUUUUGCAAGGGUGCAAGUAUAUAGAGGAGGAUAGCCUGAAAACUCUUACGUCGAAUGAUAAUCUCAAGAUUUAUCCCGAUGGAAGCAUAUCCUUUGAUGCUACCACCGAUGAGCGAUGUUCACCUGUUUGGAAACGGAGAGAAGGGCGCUAUUUACCCAUCCCCAUUGCAGAGGAAUCGAGCAAUACCAUUUCCACAACUUUUGAGGGUGAUUCUAAUGUCAAUCAUACGAGCACCGAGGAAGACAAGUCCAAGAAAACCCCAUCCAACGGAACUUCAGCAAUGCCCUCUAGUGACAAGAAAAAUGGCGAAGGAAACAUUGAUAAUGAUGCAAAUAAAGAAAAACCAAGUCUGAUGAGCCCACUUCACAACCUUGUACAAUCUAUGCGAGACAAAAGAAAACGAAGCAAGAGAAAUCGUCAAAAAGUGAAUUCCAAAUCGGAAAAUAGAGCCAGGAAAGCAUUGAGAACAAUCACUUUCAUUCUUGGAGCCUACAUUGUGUGCUGGACGCCUUAUCAUAUAAUGGUGUUAAUCAUUGGCGUUUGUGAUGACGGUUGGGGAUGCGUGAACAUGAAAUUGUACCAGUUUACAUACUGGUUAUGUUACCUCAACAGUCCUAUAAAUCCAUUCUGCUAUGCGCUAGCUAAUCAACAAUUUAAGAAAACUUUUCUUAGGAUUUUGAAAUUGGAUUGUCACAAAACGUAACGAACAGAGAAGACUCAUUUAGACUUUCAUAGAAUCUGUGAUGGACCAUGGUCAGCUGAACAAUUAUUCAUCAAAAAACCUUAUAGCAGAGUCGAUUCAUUUAUCUGUCAGUUGCAUACGAAAUAUCGAUAUUCAUUUGUAAGCUUCAAUGCCUUAUCCUUCUAAAAAAGAAACAAACCAUGAGCUUGAUACUUCGCAUUUCUUCCCCUCUUUGCACCACAUGCAGAUUUCUUCCAGUCUGCUUUUCUGCUGCAGCAAUCCCAGGGGUACUGUGAAAUAUUUUUAUGUAAAUCUGGAGGAGUCACGUAUCCUCUGAUGUGUGAUCUUAUUGUGGCAAAUUUAACCAAGGCGUCUUUUUAAUACGAUGUACUUGUGCAUUUACAACCUGAUCACUUGCUUCUAUAUCAUGACUUAUUUAGGCUUUUUUCAGUUAAUCUUUUAGCUGACAGUUUUAAAAGUGCUAUCCAUUAUUCCUCCGCUUUAUGGAGGGGAAUGAAGGGGAAGAUGUUACGGAAAAUAAUUACAAUAUAUACGAUAUAUAUAUUAUGUAUUGCAAUGCGUGAAUGUCACAGUUUUGUCUUCUGAUAAGUAGUAUGGACUUUGAAGUCCUUUUUUAUUGUUUUUUAAUGUGCACAACAAUUUUUAAACAAGAAUACACGCAGGUUCAAAGCAUUGAUGAAUAUGAUUCAUUUUGCCGACUUUUGUGAUGUUUUAUUCAUACAGAGUGAUUGAGCAAAAAACUCUGGAUUUUCAUCACGUUUUUUCUGAUUAUCAUAAUAUUUAAUUUUCGUUGAACCAUAUUUAAGUUUAUACAAAAAACUUCAUUCUAGUCCACAAUUGGACAAUAAAUACUCAUUUGAUAUAUAUAGCCAUUGGAAUAUAUUUUUCAUGAUAGAAUAAAUUAUAUAUAUCCUCAUUUCUUAUCACAGAAUGUAUGGAAUAUUAUCACUCUGUCCAUGCUGAUAAUGUAAGUCCGAAUUUUGUGACUAUUUUUUCGUUAUUGAUCAUUGUGUACAGAUGUGUGUGAGAAAAAUGGUGGACAACGUUAUACAAUAAAUGUUUAUACUGAAA